AUGAAAGAUAAACUACGAGACCAGGCUACACAAAGUUUUCUAGCGCGACUAGACUCGAUAUGGCUCAACCUUGGCUAUCACGCAGGCCUUUCUCAAUACACGGUUCUCAAGUCACAGAGCCUCAUGCUUGUCCGUGAGGUGACUGAUGAAGGUUGGCAGGUUGUAAGACCGAAUUAUGAACACAUAGUAGCAGACACGCAAGAACUUCUUUCAGAAGCCAGGGAGGUACUUUCAGGUGCAUUGCAUGCAGAGGGUGCAUGCACAGACCAUCUUAUCUCAGGGUCCGCAGCCGCUGUUGAUGCAGUAGAGCUGCACUGUGAUGCAUGGGAUGAAGCACUCUCACUAAUGGAUGAUAGCGCAGAUACAUACUUUGAUGCUCUCAUGUCUGAUCAGUUUAUCAUAAUGUUGAGUUUUUGGGCACCGCAUAGCAUCUGCCACAUCCUGCGCUAUUACGCACUGCACUAUUACACAGCACCCAUAAACGUUGCCUCCACACCCAACCAUCAUGCUGAACAUCUGCCAUCUUCAGUCGCCUCACACCCUGCCUCACACCCACCAUCGGGCGCUGAUACAACUAUGGAAGAUUUCAGCUUCAAUUCGUAUGGUCACACCGACAUCGACUCACUCGUAGACUAUGACAUGGUGGAUCCUGCAUAUGAGAAUUUUUUGAAGGAGUCUACUGUUGGGCCAAAGAAACGUCUCAGGCCAACCGGUGACCGCACAAUGGCUCUUUGGCUUGACGAAUGCGAGAAAUAUCUUCUGGAGCUUAUCAGACUCGAAGGUCGUGGGGACUACGCUUCUAGGGAAACUUGCCAAGGGCACAGUGAAUGCACGUCUGAGCCUGUGUAUUGCUGCUGGGACUGUUUUGGGACAGAGCUCUACUGCCAAGCAUGUAUCAUAAACAGGCACCGUGAAAACCCUUUGCACAAGAUUGAGUUCUGGAACGGUUGCUUCUUCGAGGACACCACACUAAAGUGUCUUGGACUCUGGAUCCAGCUUGGCCACCCCAUUGGGGAACAAUGCUUCAAUCAUUCACGGGCCUAUGACGAUGAUUUUGUCAUUCUUGACACUAACGGCAUCCAUGAACUUGCCUUGGAUUUUUGUUCAUGUGAGAGUGCGCUAAGUCACAUCAAACAACUCCUGCGAGCUCGCUGGUAUCCUGCGACCAGCGCCGAUCCAAAAUCAGCAGCAACAUUCCGUCUUCUUGAGCAUUUCCACAUGCUUACUUUUGAGUCUAAAGCAUCUGCCUUCAAAUACUGGCAAACCCUUGAUCGUUACGACAGUCUCUUGCACAUGAUCAAGCAAUGGCGUAACCUCAAGCUCUUGAAGCGGUUCGGCCGAGGUCACGAUCCGUCUGGCAUCGAUGCGACCAAACAGGGGUCAUGUGCCGUUGUUUGCCCUGCAUGCCCCCACCCAGGCAAGGACCUACCAGAAGACUGGAAAGCAGUGCUUCCGGACAAAUGGUGGCUGUAUGCACAUUUUCUGGCCAUUGACACGAAUUUCCGCCUGGCACGCAAGAACGUUUCUUCAGACAGGAUCGACCCUGGUUUGAGUAGGGGAUGGGCUUAUUUCGUCGAGGAGACUGGGUUCAAAGAAUUUCUAACUGAUGCCGGAAUGGUCGCACAAGAGAAAAGCAUGUGUGCUAGUCACAGUGCUGUGAAUCUCGCUGAAACGAAGACUGCACGAGGGUUGGCUGCAACUGGAGCUGGGACCGUGGAUUGCUCGCAUCACAACUUUAAGCGGCCAUCUGGAGUAGGUGACCUUCAGAGGGGCGAAAAGUAUAUCAAUAUGGAUUACCUAUUUUUCUCGACUGCGCAACAUUCUGAAGACAUCGUUGUAUUAAACAUCUCCUAUGACAUCGCUUGUCAGUGGAGCAAAAACUUAUGGGGCCGGAUGUCGAGAUACCCAUCACGCAUGCACUUUGCGCGUGACGGUAAAGUCAUGACCUUUCUUGUUCCAAAGUUCCACUUGCCCGCCCACAUCACUGCAUGUCAAAUAACAUUUUCACACAAUUUCAUCAAGGGAAUGGGGCGCAUGGAUGGUGAGGCCCCGGAACGGGGUUGGGCCAAUAUCAACCCUGUGGCCACGAGUACACGAGAGAUGGGACCUGGGGCUCGUCGAGAUACACUGGACGAUCACUUCGGCGACUUCAAUUGGAAGAAAGUUACGAACUUCGCUAUCGAAAAAUGGGAGGCCGACACUUCCAACAAAAACCCCUUCGAGACAACGACCAUCACCUUGACGCAGGCUGCCGUGCGCCUUAGACUCUCUCAAAAGGAAGCCGAAGACCUCGAAAGAGGUUUCAACAAUUCAUUGCACACCGAGAUAUCACCUAGCGUACUCGUUUCAUCGGGAAUCGAGCUCGAGGAACAACAAUUUCGCCUGCAGCAAGAUUACAACGCUCUGAGUGGCCAUCCAACAGACUUGCAGCUGACGAAGCUGCAAGAGCAUUCGAAUGCACUGCUGCGCAAGAUCGAGCAGUGGUGCAAGGUCCAACUGCUCUACAUGCCUGCUGUCGGCCGACUGCGUGCAUUGGCAGAUGCACAAUCAACUCGCGAUGAGAAGGCCUACGAUGUCAAACUUUGGCUACCAUCGAAGCUGAAGGAGGCAGCUGAGAUGUCGUGUGACGAGCAGCUUUGUGAAUUUGAAUGGGAGCUGCGGUGUGCACAGGCACAUGAGGCUCUCGAUGAUGUUCGCUGGCAACUUCGUCUUCGCGCACACCUCUACAAAUUCAAAGACGCCUACAUACGCGGGCAACAGGCCAAUACCAGAGCAUCCGCUGUGCUCAGAAAAGUGGAGCAGACCAUUAGGACAGCUGCUGCUCGGUAUCGCAGGGCUUGGGCGGCAGUCAAGACACUGUCAGGAGUCCUGGACAAACCUAAUUGGGAGGUAGAAUUGUCUGAGUUGCUGGCGGCUGAUGUUCGCGGGAUGUCAGAGGGAGAUAUUGGCCAGUCCGAAGGUAACCGCACACUUUCGUGGAUCUGGAAGGCUCAUGGGGUGGCUGCAAUGGGAGAAGAUGGUGAGGCUGUUUUAUCAGAAGGAGCUGUCCUGACGCACCAGGCAGCAUUGCAUAUUGAAUGGUGCAAAUCGAGAGCGCGCGCCGAUCAUUGGGCUGAAGAAGUCGAGUUGCUGCAAGAGGAGAUGCGGCGUGUAGCCAGCUUUCUUUCGUGGCACACAGGAUGGUGGGAGGAGCAAGCAAAUCGCAGGACUGUCCUACCUGCACCUGAACAGGAAGGGAUCCAGGGAUAUGCGAAAUGCCAGGCCGCUCUUCGAAGAGCUAUGCGGGACCGAUUCGAGAAGAUGUGGAGUGUUGUUCCGGCUCUUCUCCAGCCCAUGUUGCCUGCAAUAUCUCUGCCGGUGUCAUAG